UUUUUGUCAUUCAUUUGUGUUCAAGAGUCCGCGCUGUACAAAUCGAAAUCAAAUUCAAAAACAUGGGUAUUCCAGCUGGUGAUGUUGAAAAGGGCAAGAAACUCUUCGUCCAACGUUGUGCCCAAUGCCACACUGUCGAAGCUGGCGGUAAACACAAAGUAGGUCCCAAUUUGAACGGUUUGUUCGGCCGCAAGACUGGUCAAGCUGUCGGAUUCGCCUACACAGAUGCCAACAAAUCCAAGGGCAUCACCUGGAAUGAAGACACCUUGUUCGAAUACUUGGAAAACCCCAAGAAAUAUAUUCCCGGCACCAAGAUGAUCUUCGCUGGUUUGAAGAAGCCCGGUGAUCGCGCUGACCUCAUUGCUUACCUGAAAUCCGCUACCGCCUAA